AUGGACAAAAUAUACUCCAUUUUAGAAAACAGUGAGGAAUGUCAAUUUUCGAUUGAAAAUGUUAUAUUGUCUUGUAUUGAUUAUGAAUAUGUGCCCGAUGUCAAAACUAUUCGUGCGAAAUGGCUCGAAAAAUAUGGUGAAAAUAUGGAUAUAAGUUCUACCAACAAAAAAACCACAACUGUAAGUUUUAGAUUCACAAGUCAAAAUAUUUUGACUAAACACUGGUAUGAAAAUCGAAAAGUAAACAAAGAGGAAGAGAGACAAAGAAUCGUUGAGGCAGCAGCAAUAAUUAUUCGGGAAGACAUUCGCUCGCAGAUAAAUGAUACAAGUUCUUACCUAAUCACCCAAUGA